CCAGAUUGUUGCUAUGACUGUGUUCCUUGUCCAGAGGGGACCAUCUCCACUCAGGAAGAUACGGAAAAAUGCACCAAGUGUCCAGAUGAUCAAUAUGCAAAUGAGAAGAGAAUCCAAUGUAUCCCCAAAGUUAUAACCUUCCUGUCUUACGAAGAACAUCUGGGCAUCAUCCUGAUUUCCUUUGCCCUAUUCUUGUUUCUAACUACAGGCUUUGUUUUAAUCAUAUUUAUUAAAUACAAAGAAACUCCAAUUGUGAAAGCUAACAACCGGGACCUCUCUUACAUCCUUGUGGUCUCCCUCCUGCUUUGCUUCUUGUCUUCUUUUCUCUUCAUUGGUCAACCAAGGAAAGCCACCUGCCUUCUCCGACAAAUGGUUUUCAGCAUCAUCUUUUCAGUUGCCAUUUCUUCUCUCUUGGCUAAGACAAUCACAGUAGUGCUGGCUUUCCUAGCCACAAAACCAGGAAACCAAGUGAAGAGAUGGUUGGGGAAGACCUUGGCCAACUCCAUCAUCCUUUCUUGUUCUGCUGUCCAAAUUAUCAUCUGCUCCAUCUGGCUUGGACUUUCUCUCCCAUUCCCUGAAUCUGACUUCCACUCUCAACCUGGAGUCAUCAUCCUGCAAUGCAAUGAAGGGUCUAUUGUCAUGUUCUACACCACCCUCAGUUACAUGGGCAUUUUGGCUGUCAUCUGUUUCACAGUGGCUUUCCUGGCCAGGAAUCUCCCUGGGGCCUUCAAUGAAGCCAAGCUGAUCACCUUCAGCCUGCUGAUCUUCUGCAGUGUCUGGGUGACUUUUGUGCCCACCUAUCUGAGUACCAAGGGGAAAUACAUGGUAGCUGUGCAGGUCUUCUCCAUCUUGGCAUCCAGUGCUGGUCUGUUAGGUUGCAUAUUUAUCCCUAAGUGCUACAUUAUCAUUCUGAGGCCAGAUCUGAACACAAAGGAGCAGAUUACAGCCAGAAUAAAUCCAAAAACAUAA